CAUAAAUGUAAUAUCUCAGCAGCCAAGCUAUGAAGAAUACUACGAUACUAGUAGCUAUUCAUACCAAUCGUAUGUAAGGGAUACGCCGAGACAGUGGGAUAGUGGAGGACAGUAUUUCUUCGAUGAUGGCUACGGGCUCACACCGACAGAAUACGAGAACAUCGUUAAUAAAAGACGAUCUUCCGUUGUUCAACUACCUCAAGUGCCGCCUAAGCAGACGGUUUUGUCGUCACGUUAUUCGGAUCACAACGAGAUGGCGCCGUACAGACCGCGGCCUAGAAGAACAGCUGCGAGCCUACCAGCGACACCAUCAUCAACGCCGAAACGUGGUCGAGCACUACCGAUGCCUCCAAGCAGCGAGUCGGGGUCUGUCCGCAGCGGGCGGGGUCGACGACUGCCGCGGCCCCCCACCGUGUCGAGGCUCCCGCAGCCGCCUGUCGCUUCCUACACUCCCGCCACGACAACUCCCACCGCGCACGUGCCUUACGAACCCGAACCUGAAAAAGUUAUUCCCGACGCGAGCUACGGUUACGACAGCUACAAUUACCAGCCGCAAUAUCAAGACACUGCUACUGACUUGUAUACUGAUAAUAAUUACACAAGUUACGACGAAGAUGAAAUGCAACCAUUCUUUAAUGAAACUCCUCAUGCUACUCCGCCUGCAGCUGCUCAAAAAACCCCGUGGACUGAUUCGGACAAUGCGACGCAGUUUAGUUAUCCAGUGACUAGUGAACAAGACUUAUUGUUAUCAAAGACUGUGCCAUCGACAAUAUCUUAUUUGACUCAACCGCCUAUAACUAGCCAACAAGAAAUUUAUCAGGACCAAAAUUAUUCGCAAUUUAA